AUGAAACUUGGCAAGGCUCUGACAUGUUCCAAGUGUCAAGGAAGAUCUAAGAGGUUCGAUCCUGGCUUGCAAAGUGGAAGAAGCUCCAUGCUUUCUGAAGUGGAUCUAGAGGUGGAUAAGCAAAUGAGUGUUAUCAGAAAUAUCCAAGCUAUGCCUUGGCAUCCGCAUUUUACUGGAUUGGAAUCAGAAGCUCAACAAGACCUACAGUUCCUCUUGAAUCAACAGGAAUCUUUGUGGAAACAGAAAUCUCGGAUCCUUUGGCUGAAUGAGGGGGACAGAAACACCAAUAUUUUCCACUCAUCUACCCUUCAGAGGAGAAGCAGGAACAAAAUCAAUAGGUUAUUGUCACAGCGAGGGGAAUGGCUUGAGAAGGAAGGUGACAUUGAUAGAGAGAUUUUUUCCUUCUUCAACCAUCUCUUCUCUUCUGAUGGUUCUCAAAGCCUAGAGAGAGCUCUCCAAUUUAUUGGUCCUAGUUUCACUGAUGAUAGGAACACUGCUCUGUGUUUGCCCAUCUCUGAUGAAGAAGUCAAAGCGGCUGUUUUCAGUAUGAAGUCCCUGAAGGCCCCUGGUCCAGAUGGUCUUCCCCCUGUGUUCUUUCAGGCUUAUUGGUCGACAGUUGGUCCGAAAGUUUGUAAGGCUAUGAGAUCCUUCUUCAACUCGGGCUACCUCCUCAAGGAGGAAGCCAUCUUACCGUCCCGUGGUAUAAGGCAAGGAGAUCCUCUCUCCCCUAGCUUGUUUGUCCUUUGCACUGAGUGCCUCACAUCCUUGAUUGCGGGUGUGGCUGAUAAUGGUAACCUGAGUGGGUUGAGGAUCAAGCCUACCAGUCCCCAGCUCACGCACUCAUUCUUUGCCAAUGACUGUCUUAUCUUCCUCCAGGCAAACCAUAGCUCUCUCAGAAGCCUUCGAGUUGCUCUUUCUCUCUACUGUGAAGCUUCUAGACAAGCUGUGAAUGGUCAGAAGUCAUCCGCUUCCUUUAGUCUGGACACUCCCCAAAGGCUGAGACAUAUUUUUACUAAAAUUAUCAAUGUGGAAGGUCUAAUUAGCCCUGGAAUCUACCUUGGUCUUCCAUCAGAGAUUGGUAGGAACAAGAAGGCAGCGUUUCAAAUUCUCAAGGAUAGAACCAUUGCCAAAAUUGCUGGAUGGAAGGAGCAGUUGCUUUCCCAAGCGGGGAGAGAGGUUCUUAUUAAGGCAGUGGUGACAGCUUCUCCCUCCUAUCAUAUGUCCCACUUCAAAAUCCCCCAAGGUCUCCUGGAUGACAUCAGUAAAGCAAGCUGCAGUUUCUAUUGGGGCCAGAAAAGAGAGGAGAGAAAGAUUCAUUGGGUUGGUAAGGAUUGUAUUCAACUUCCAAAGCCUGAUGGAGGUCUUGGCUUUAAAGAUUUGUUUAUCCAGAACCAAGCUCUCUUGGCGAAGCUGGGGUGGCAGCUGAUAUCAAAUGAAGAAUCCCUGUGGGCGAGAUUGUUGAAGAGUAUUUACUACCCAUCGUCCUCCUUCUUCUUGGUCCAAACGGGGAGUAGGCCCUCUUGGGCUUGGAGGAGUAUAUUGCUUGGUAAGCAGCUGUUAGACCAAGGGUUGAUAUGGAUUGUCAGAGAUGGCAAAUGGGAUGUUGGGAAGCUGCAAUCCUUCUUCUUGCCCUUCGAAGUUGCUUGUAUCUUGCAGAUCCCUAUUAGCUCUAAAGGAUCCAGUGACAAGUUGUGUUGGGGCCCGGCUCCAAAUGGCAUUUUCUCGGUGAAGUCGGCGUAUAGGUUGGGUUCUCAACAGAGGAGCUACUUCUCAAAGUUUGUAAAGAAGGUCAACCUUACUUCAAAAGAGGUUUGGAAUAAUGUUUGUGGUGGUUGCGGUGCUGAAGCUGAAUCAACUGAGCAUGCCCUCUUCUAUUGCUCGGUGGCAAAGCAGGCAUGGUUUGCAUCGACGGUGGCAUUGAGAGUGGAUGCCUUUCCCAACCUUUCCCUUUCGGAGUGGAUUCUGAAGUGGAGUAGCCCCUCUGGAGCUCUAAAGAAAGAUUGA